CUGAUAAUUUUCCAAACCAAUAGGGACCAUAUGUACGUCUAAACCAAAAAUCCAAGCCACCAAUUUGUGUGGAUCAAAAAAUGACUCCUCAACUCUCUCUCUCUCUCUCUCAACUCCAUCCAAUCUCUCACACAACUCCACAAAAAUAUCCCUUUUUCACAGAUCAUACAAAACCCAUCAUCAAUGUUUCCAUUUCAAGUUUCAGCAUGCUGGUAAAAACCCUUCAGCCAUCAUUGAAGAUACUUAGAAGAAUUGCUCUUUGAUCUUCCACCCUUUUUCAUGGCAACUUCAAUUUCUGCAACUGGACUACAUAAACCUCUUUCCUCCUCCUUCCAUGGAGGUUGGGGGACUUCAGUUUGUGGUGACAACAGCAUUGUGCUGAUCAAGUCAGUCCCGGACGUGGUUCGAGUUGCAAAGCCGGUAAGAUUCCGGCCAAUGAUGAAGAAUAUUAAUGAAGGGAAAGGUAUAUUUGCACCUGUUGUUGUUCUUGCUCGAAAUAUUAUUGGAAAGAAACGUUUCAAUCAGUUGAGAGGCAAGGCCAUUGCCCUGCACUCGCAGAUAAUUACUGAGUUCUGCAAAUCUAUAGGAGCUGAUGCAAAGCAAAGGCAAGGAUUGAUUAGGUUAGCUAAGAAGAACGGGGAAAAAUUAGGAUUCCUUGCUUGAUCUGAUCUGAUAUGAUCAUGUUUCUGUGAUCACGGUGGAUGCAUUAAAUUAUUGAUAGAUUUGUCCGAGCUUCCACAAAUGUAUGGUAUGGUCAUUUGUUAAUCAAGGAGAAGGAGAAAUUUGUUCUCUUUACCUUCUGCUGUCUUUUUGCUUUCAUAUUCUUCUGUUUGGCAGCAAAAUUUUCAUCCUUGUACACAACUUGAUAGGCCAUCUUUACUAAAGGAUGAUGAUUGAAGACCUAAACAGUCCAUCACAUCAAUAUUAUGAAGUCUCCAGUGCCUUUUUUUCUUUAAAAA